AUGUCGUCCAAGCCAAUCUUUGUGGCCACACACCCGAGGGCAUGCUCUACGGCUUUUGAACGCGUGUUCAUGACCCGGGCAGACAUUCUCUAUUGUGUCCACGAGCCGUUUGGAGAUGCCUUCUACUUUGGUCCCGAGCGACUAAGCGAGCGCUAUGAGAAGGAUGAGGCGGCCAGAAAGAAGAGCGGCUUUGCCAACACCACAUACAAGGAUGUUGCGGAUAGCUUGUUGCACCUGGUCAACAGCCAGCAGGACAAACGGCUCUUCAUCAAGGACAUUGCCCACUACCUCCUCCCGCCAAACCAACAACCGGCGACUAUUGCCCCCUCCCUUCGCGAUGCCGGUACCACGACUGAAGCACCCAACGGAACCGCCCACACAGACGGCACCAGCCCGGACGGGAUCUCCCACACCAACCCAACCGUCGUUCCGCUGUCUCUCCUUCGCAAGUUCCACUUCACCUUCCUGAUCCGGCACCCGCGUCGCGCCAUCCCCUCGUACUACCGCUGCACCAUCCCCCCCUUGUCCGCCCAGACCGGCUUCCACAACUUCAUGCCCAACGAGGCGGGCUACGACGAGCUCCGUAGGCUGUUUGACUAUCUCCUGCAGGAGGGCGUCAUUGGGCAGCAGCAGCAGCAGACGCAGCAGAACGGCACUGCAGUCGAUGGCAGCAGUAACGGGGUCAAUGGCAAUCAUGCCGGAAACGGUGUCAAGAUUACGGUUGUUGAUGCCGACGACCUGCUCGACAAGCCCGCCGAGGUGAUUCGCGCGUUCUGCGAGGAUGUGGGCAUCGACUACCACGACGGGAUGCUGAAGUGGGAGGACGAGGAAGGGCAGAUUCGGGCCGUGGAGGCGUUUAAGAAAUGGGAUGGCUUCCAUGAGGACGCGAUCGCUAGUACCGAGCUGCGGCCGAGGUCCCAUCCGAAAAAAACGCCCACCGAGGAGGAAGAGGAUGAGGAAUGGCGGAAGAGAUUUGGGGACGAGGGGCAGCGGGUGAUUCGCGAGUGCGUGAACGCCAAUGUGGCCGACUACGAGUACCUCAAGUCGUUUGCCAUCAAGGUGUAG